AGUCACCAUCCAGCACUGAGCCUGGAUGCGGGAGCGCACGCUCGGCCACGCAUGCGGUGGUACAGGCAAGCUGAUCGGUCAGAGCGGGAUGGACAUCUCGGCUCAACCGAAAGCUGCUGGAGGUUGUCCUUUUUGGGAGGCGCUGGAGCUGAGGGCGUGAUGAGGAGCGAACCGUCAGUUUCCAUUUAAUUUGCUGUCUUUACGCAGGGUGGAGAGGUGCGCUCUGCCGCCAGUAAUCCGCUUGGCGGGGAGGAGCAGGGGAAAGCUCUCUCCAGACUGAAGCAGAGUGAGAGGGGAGGGACAGCAGGUUAAGUCGGAUACGGACCCACAGAGUUAAACAGCGUGUGGUCAUAAGGACCGACUGUAGUUGGCAGGCAGGCUGCUGGGAUUCCUCUUGGCACGAUGAGCGGACCAACAAAAGUUAAGUUCCAGUCAGGCCUCUAUGGAGGAAACCACAACAGUAGCAGCUCUACUCUCUCCAGCAGAGCAAAUUCACCAAUCACAUGUGAGCGUUGUCGGGAGGCUUGUCGUGGAGAGGUGGUGCGUGUGAAAAACAUGCACUUCCAUGUUCACUGCUUCACCUGCCAAGUGUGCGGCUGUGACUUGGUGCGCUCUGGUUUCUUCCAUCAUUCUGAUGAGUACAUCUGUACUGAGGACUACCAGCGCCUGUAUGGGACCCAGUGCGACAGCUGUGACCAGUACAUCACCGGAGAGGUGGUCUCUGCCAUGGGGAGGACGUAUCACCCACACUGUUUUGUCUGCAGUGUCUGCAGGCUUCCAUUCCCAAUUGGAGACAGAGUGACCUUCUGUGGGAAAAAGUGUGUGUGUCAGCAGUGCUCACACUCUCUGAAAAAGGACAAGCCUGUUAAGAUUCUUGGACCGAGCUACUGUGCAGGCUGCAGCCAAGAGAUCAAACAGGGCCAGUCUCUGCUGGCUUUGGAGAGGCAGUGGCAUAUCACUUGUUUCAAAUGUAGGACGUGUGGCUGUGCUCUCACUGGAGAAUACAUCAGCAAAGACGGGAUUCCUUACUGUGAGGAUGACUACCACACUCAGUUUGGAAUCAGGUGUGAGGGCUGCAGCAGGUACAUCAGCGGUAGAGUACUCGAGGCUGGAGGGAAGCAUUACCACCCGAGUUGUGCCAGGUGUGCCCGCUGUCACAUGAUGUUUCAGGAAGGAGAGGAAAUGUACCUAACAGGUUCGGAGGUUUGGCACCCGAUGUGUAAAGAAGCAGCUCGGCUGGAAAGAAAACUUAGGCAUCUGAGGCGAACCUCUGAGACUGCAUCCAUUUCUCCUUCAGGUUCCUCUCCCCUCCUCGGCUCUCCUCACCGGCUCAUCUGUUCUUUGGGUUCCUUAUCGCCAUACGCUCAUGACCUCUUGGACAGCGUUGAGUUGAGAAAGAGACUUUCUUCCAGCUCUGCAUUCUCGGAGUCUCCUGCACAUGGUCACCACGGAGGAUCCCCGCUGCAUUAUUAUGUCCCCGGCAGUGAGAGUGGCAGGAGUUCACCAUAUUACACUCAACCAGAGCCCAGGUGUACCACACCCACCUCCUCCACCUUCCAAGUUCCCAAGCAUUUCCAUGUCCCAGUGUCUGAAGAAAGCAACAUUUAUAGGAAACCCCCCAUUUACAAAAGGCAAGACAUUCCUGCAUCUCCAACCAACAGGAGUAAGAUCAAUGAGAAUCUCAUCAAUUCCACUCACCUUUCCACUUCCAACUGCAACAGCCUUUAUCACACAGACUCCAAUUAUUUUCCGUAUGGUGGCUCUCCAAAAGUCUCCAGGGUGAGGAGGUUUUCAUCUGGAGGAGAAGAGGAUGGAUGGAAUCAUAAUUUAAACAAGGGCAUUGGCAGGAUGAUCUUAAAGGAAGAGAUGAAGGCACGAUCAGGGGUCCAGGACAACAACCACUGGAGGAGUGCGCGCAGUUCCCAGAGUAACAGCAAGGAGACGCUAAACAAUCUGGAAUACAACUCCCUUAAUGGCUCCCCGAGAUCUACUUUAAGUGCAGACAACGACUCGUACACUGCCAAAUCUGCCUCGUUGCCAGGCUACGGCAGGAAUGGGCUGAACAGGCCUGGAAGUGCAGACACAGAUUAUUACCAGUACGACAGCAGUAAUGCAGUUAACUGGCAGAUAAGAGAAUACAAGAUCUACCCAUAUGAAGCUUUGAUGGUGUCAGUAAGAGGGCAGCAAUGUCUUCCCAGCGAUGUGGAUAGAGCCCGACUGGAGCGUCACCUUUCACCAGAAGAGUUUUAUCGAGUCUUUGGCAUGUCCAUGUCUGCCUUUGAUCGUCUGGCUCAGUGGAAAAAGAAUGAACUGAAGAAACAGGUCCGACUCUUUUAGGAAAGUCACAAAACCCAGUCGAUUCUGCUGCAGUCCAGGUGGAACAUCAACAGCGCUCUGAAUGCUGCUUCCAAAAAGAUUUUACCUAGGACUGAAUGCUGAAUAGAAAGCAUUGGGUCUGACAAAUUGCAACUGAUAAUGCACUAAGGUUUAUUUAGCAAUAACUGUAAAGGCAGCAAGGGCUAAAUUGGAUGAUAGAAACCUGCAAGAAAUGUGGUAAUACUGCAACAGACAAGAAAUAGAAUGGGUUUGAUGCUACUUCUCCGCCUUGUACCAACAGAUGGCAGUGUGUUCCAGUCUUAGUCGGAGGUGCUGCCAUGCAGAAAGAUUCAUGUUAAAAUAUGAUCCUGCUUUUAAAAAUCAGCAGAUAAGAAGAUUAAAGGAUCCGACUUUACCCAGAAACGCCCUCAAAGACAAGCAAACGUCAUAGCAAAAUAAACUUUGUGAGAAUCUAAGCAUUAAAGUUACUAAAUAUUAUGGUUUUUAUAAAUUACAACUACUAGAAACCAAAACUUCUCUAAUGUUUUUGUAUUGUGUAAUUGUUUAUUUAAUUUCUAUUCGAGAUUAUCUGAAGCCAUAUCAACAUUAGGACUUUUGUACUAUUUACUGAUAUGUGAUUUGAAAAAAAAAAAUAAAUGUGACUUAGCUGUAUUGUGGCUUUGAGUGAACAGAACUUUAAAGUUAAGUUUAGGUAAAAAAUGGACGUUUAUUGCCUAAAAUGUUGCUGGGUUUUAUUUAAAGAAAGCUAAUUUAGUCUCUCUUGAGCACUUGAAUCCUGACAUAAAUCAGGCUGACUGAUAAUGAAUCUGUGUGCGUGAUAAUAUUAUAUCUUAAUGAAGGAUAUUUAGUGUAGGGAAUUCUGAUAAAAAUGGAAAUGAGAAAAAGAGAUGUGACAAAAUCCGUAUGGGCUGCAUAAACAAAUGUGUGUGUAUGUAUUUGGGUUUUACAGAUUGCAACAAUUCAUCACUUUUACAAUAUUUAUCACACUCAAACUCUUAUUUUGUAUUUGUUGGAGGUAUUUUUUAUUAUUUAUCAUCUACAAUUCCCUGUCUUUCAGUACUGCUUCAAAAUAAUUAUUAUGAUUUAUAAUGAUCCAUCUAUCCAUUUGUUAUCGAAUACAGUCAAUACGCUUAUCCCUUGAGGGUUUGCAAGAAGUGCUGGUGCCUGUCUCCAGCGAUUUAUAAUGAUACAUUUAUUUAUUUUUCGUCCAUUUUAAAUACAGACAUACAUGCACUGCCCUAAUUUGCACCGCUAAUAACAUAUUACUAAUAAUAUGUAGUAGUACUGUAGUAUACAGUAAGUGUUUUUUUCAUUUUUAAAUUUAAUUUGAAUAUUUGUAUUGACUGGGGGAAAAAAUCAUCUUUAUCUUUUAUUUAUUUGUUUGUUUUUUUACAAAACUAAUUGCCAUAAUUAUUGGCCUCCUCAACAACUGUUUUACAACUGUUCAUUUAUCCUUGUAGAAGUCAGUGAGGAGGAUUGUUAGUAAAACAAAACAAAAAAAAAACAGCCUCCAAAGCUCCUCAUAAAAGAGCAACAGCAAAUUUUUCAUUGUGAGAUUAUGCUGCUGUAAUAAAUCAUGAAUUCACCUUAACAGCUUUUACACACUUUGCCAGAGGCUUUUUGUAAGCUUACAAAAGGUAUUCUGUGGUAAUCUUAUUUUUAUCUUGAUAUUAUGGAAUAAUUUUCUUUUCAUGAUUUUGUGAGAAACUUUUCUUAAGCUGAAAGCCAUAAUCAUCACAAUGAACAGAAAUAAAAACAUGAAACCACA